GGCGGCGAGCGGGACUGACUUUCCACCGGAGAGACGUGAGGCUUUCGGUGCCUGGGCCUGGCUGGGGCGUGGAGGAUGGGCUGCAGGUCCAGAAGGCGUGCCAGGAAAGUUCCAUAAACAUAUAUGAGCUCUGACUUGAUAGUUGACCCAGCCAUGAAAAACCUCAUUGGAUCCUUACUAGAUCAGACCAUAACUGGCGCUCUUAAAAGUUCUUCCUAUCAAAAAGUAUCAGGAAUGAAAAUCUAAGAUAUAUUCCUACCAUCUCGAGGCGUUCCUGUAUAAGGCAGCAGUCUAGCAGAUCAGCCGGGUUCUUCCAUCAUCAAGCAGACAUACUCAAACCAUGAACACAGCUGAGGGCACAGAUGUCUCUGUGUCAAUGUUCUUCUCACUGUGUGUGACCCACUAGUGGGCUGUGAAAUCAAUUCUGUGAGUCACAGUGAACAUUCUUUUUAAAAAUAUAUAUAUAAUAUCAGCAUCCUUUGCCUGAAUUACGUGCAUUACAAGGAAUACUGAGGUCAGUUUCACUAUGUGAGAAGGUAUUUGAUGGAGGGACUAUGAUGACUAGAAGGCUUGUUGUCUGAGAAAGGAGUUUCCAUCAUUUGCUCCCAGGUGUCUCGCCUGGUUUUCAUGACAGCAAAGUUCAUGUUGUAUAGUCUGGUUUUAUAUGAUCACGACUUGUAUCAGGAUGUGGAGUCUGAGAUAUUCAACUGAAAUGCAGCUACAAACUUUUUUUAAAAGAUGUUAUAUAGGUUAUAUUUAUAUGUGUUAGUUUUUUUCUUUUUUGACUCAGUGGCAAUUAUGAGAUUUUAAUCAAACUGGAACAUAUUACUGUUAAAAUGGAUCAUUUCUUUAUUAAAAGAAAGAGGAAUAUUGAAAUGAAAUAUGUGGAAACAUGUUCAAGUUCAGCUGUUGGGUCUGGAAGUGUAAAUAGUGACGAUAUUGAGAAAAACAUUGACUUUAAUCUACAAACUUCAUUUGAGCCACGUUUCAAAAAGAAAAAAGUAAGUUCAAGACGUUAUAACGAAGACUAUUUAAAAUACGGUUUUGUCAAAUGUGAAAAACCCUUUGAAAAUGACAGACCUCAGUGCGUUAUUUGUAAUAAUAUUCUUGCAAAUGAAAGUUUAAAGCCUUCAAAAUUAAAAAGGCACUUAGAAACUCAGCAUGCUGAACUUGCUGGUAAGCCUCUUGAAUAUUUUCAAAGAAAGAAAAAAGACAUAAAGUUAUCCACCCAGUUCCUUAGUUGUUCUCCUCCUGUUAGUGAGAAAGAACAGUUUCUUAGUUGUUCUCCUCCCGUCAGUGAGAAAGCCUUGUUAUCAUCAUAUUUAGUCGCAUAUCGUGUGGCAAAGGAGAAAAUGGCUCCUACAGCUGCCGAAAAAAUUAUUCUUCCAGCCUGUUUGGAUAUAGUGCGUACAAUUUUUGAUGAUAAAUCAGCUGAUAAAUUAAGAACUAUACCUGAGGAUGACAUAGUAUCUCUUCGAAUUUGUACUAUUGCAGAGCAUUUAGAGACAAUGCUUCUUACCCGGUUACAGUCUGGUAUAGAUUUUGCAAUCCAGCUCGAUGAAAGCACCGAUACUGGAAGCUGUGCAACACUUUUAGUGUAUGUCAGGUAUGCGUGGCAAGAUGACUUUCUGGAGGAUUUUUUGUGUUUUUUAAAUUUAACCUCACACCAAAGUGGAGUAGAUAUUUUUACAGAGUUACAAAAGUGCAUUGUUGGUCAGUAUAAGUUAAACUGGAAAAACUGUAAAGGAAUUACAAGUGACGGCACAGCAGGCAUAACUGGAAAACAUAGCAGGCUAAUUAAAAAAUUGCUAGAAGUUAGUAACAAAGGUGCCGUGUGGAAUCACUGUUUUAUACAUCGUGAAGGGCUGGCGUCCAGAGAAAUGCCACAGAAUCUUGUGGAAGUAUUAAAAAAUGCGGUGAAAGUUGUUAAUUUUAUUAAAGGAAGCUCACUCAAUAGCCGACUUCUUGAAACAUUUUGUUCUGAGAUCGGAACUAACCACACCCACUUACUGUAUCAUACCACAGUCCGUUGGUUGUCUCAAGGGAAAAUACUAAGCAGGGUUUAUGAACUCAGGAAUGAGAUUCAUGUGAUUUUAAUUGAAAAGAAAUCUCAUUUGGCAAAUAUUUUUGAAGAUGAUAUUUGGGUCACAAAAUUGGCAUAUUUAACCGAUAUUUUUGGCAUUCUUAAUGAACUGAGUUUAAAACUACAGGGGAAAAACAGUGACAUAUUCCAGCAUGUUGAACGCAUCCAAGGAUUCCAAAAGACAUUAUUGUUAUGGCAAGCCAGGCUCAAAAGUAACCGUCCUAGUUACUACAUGUUUCCAAGAUUUUUGCAACAUAUCGAAGAGAAUAUUAUUAAUGAAAAUGUUUUGAAAGAAAUAAAAUUAGAGAUACUGGUGCAUCUCACAUCUCUAUCUCAAACUUUUAGCCAUUUCUUUCCCGAAGAGAAAUUUGAAAUAUUAAGGGAAAACAGUUGGGUGAAGGAUCCAUUUGCUUUUCGAAACCCUGAGUCAAUAAUUGAGCUGAACUUGGAACCUGAAGAGGAAAAUGAAUUAUUGCAGCUUAGUUCUUCAUGUACAUUGAGGAAUGAUUAUGAGACAUUAAGUUUAUCUGCAUUUUGGAUUAAGAUAAAGGAAGACUUUCCUUUGCUCAGUAGAAAGAGUGUCCUCCUCUUACUACCCUUCACAACAACUAGUCUGUGUGAACUAGGAUUUUCUAUCUUAACCCAGUUAAAAACAAAGGAAAGAAAUGGGUUGAGUGGCGCAGCAGAUAUGCGGGUGGCAUUAUCUUCCUGUGUUCCGGACUGGAAUGAACUUAUGAACAGGCAGGCACACCCACCAUAUUAAAUAAAAUGUUACCCAAUA